AUGGGCACGUCUCUAUCUUUGCCUCUCGAAGUCUAUGCCUUGAAUUACUGGAAGGUGAACUUUACGUCUUGGCCUAGUGGCCUACAAGAAAUUGAGAGCGAGUUUGGUGGAUCCGCACUCCGCCUUUUGGACCAUUGCCAUCCACGCUCCGCGCUUCGUCUCUCCGUUUCUGCUUUUGCGUUGGCAAAGUUUGGGCAAGCGAUGCGCUCGGAUAAAGCCAUAAAAAGCGCCGAAAUGCUCUACGGGAGAAGCAUCAAGUGUAUGCAGGUGGAAAUAGCUUGCUUGUCGAAUGAGACGAUUGAUCAGCUGCUUGUUGCUACGUUGCUGAUGGGUGUCUAUGAUAAUAUCACGGUUCCAAAUAGAGGGGAUGUUGGUGUUGGCACUCCCCCGUCUACUCACAGGUCUGCAAUGAGGGGUGAAUCCAGCUUCCUGCCUGGUGUCAGUCAUUGCCGAGGGACAGCGGGUCUUUUGCAGAUUCGACAGCAGCAAGGAUGGGGCUCGAGCUCUGGCCUUGAUCGAGUCGCUCGACGGCCAAUCGUGCGAUCAUGCCUAUUCCGAGGGGUUCCAGCCCCUGAUUGGCUCCAAGAAGAUGCAGAAAGAAUUGAGCCUGAUGAUCCAGUGGUUGUGCUUGAUGAUCUUUACACUCGGCUCACUAUUCUACGGUCAAAAUGCUUACAACUUCGCUACCAAUGCGACAGCCCGGUCAUAUCUCAGCUUCAAAUCCUAGUUACCGAGGCUGAAGAAUUGGCUUUUGCAUUUGAAUUUUGGGAAUACAUUUUACCCGACGAGUGGAGGGUUUCCAUUUAUUCUCCUCAAGAUAUCGGGGUGCCCAGGUCUCAUCUUCUAUACGAAGGCUCUGCCCACAUCUACUCGACAUUUGACCACGCAACUAUUUGGAAUCGACACCGUGCCGGCCGGUUGAUUGUUGUCAGUACUUUCCUGCGGCUGCUCUUCAAUUUGGCAAGUAUGUCACCUCAAAGUGACUUCAUUACACAAAUUCAAAAGUGCAAAUCUACCAUUGACUGUUUGGCUACCGAUAUAUGCUACAGCGUCGAGUCCUUCUUCAAUCCAGUCACCAGCAUCAUGAUUGAAAGAGACCGGCACCAUGCCAAUAAUGGCCUUGAUAGUGAAAAAAUGGCGUACGACACUCAUGGGGUCCUUUGGGAUACUGAUGAUGAAAAUGCGUCUCUGCUCCCAGGCAAGAAUCUGAUGGCUACCAGAGCUGUCUGUUCACCCGUUGUUCCUCCCUUGGAAGAAUCCGAGAUGAAUUUCCAAUCAGGAAUCCUCAGCCCACUUCUCCUCGCGCGGGCAGCCUACAUGGCAGAAACAGGCCUCUUCAAACAGAAUGACAUCAUACUUGGAUCUGAGUAUCUACACAGUAAAGUUAUUGUCACAGAUCAAGACCACUGUGAAAGGCUGAGUAAGAGCUUUGGUGCGCGGGCACAUGUACCAGCGAGUCCGAAGAUCCGGAGCAGCAUCUCUCAUUCCUCGAGCGAGACCUCCCGAGCUCUUAGCAUAAACUACAGGGUGAUGUAUGUUUUAGCCGGAGGUUUGUUGGCGCGGUGCAUAUCCAGGCUGGCCGGCUACAGCAUGUGCAACGAAAUUGGCCAGGCGGUUGCCUCUGUUCUAGCUAUAAUUUUCACUGCCGUGUCUGACUAUUAUGGUGGCCAGCCCCAGCCCGCACCCAAGUCCCAGGCUCAAUCCAGUCCCCAGUCCCCCAGCUUCAACAGCUACCAAGAUAUGUUUGUUGCUGCAAUGGAGGAUCAUGGCCUCCAAUAUGCGGAUAUCCUGCCAGGCAUUCCUACCCACGGGAUUAAAAAGCGCCGCAAUGGAGAACCCGAACUUUUGGAACGAUUCCUGAUCAGGGGGUUCCUCCACAUACAUUAUCCCGUAAAGAGCGCCUUCCAAGUGAACUACUAUAGCAAUGAUAGCGUUGUCGUUAAUUCUUCACUUGGGGCAGUGGAGGAUUUGAUAUCCGGAUUGGGAGAAAGAUAUGAUAACCCCGGCCUCAAGGUGACCUGCAGCAUGGAAAGGUAUAACGAACGGGACCUUUACGAGAGAGAUUAUCACCCUUUGGUAGGCAUGACUUCUGACAUUGCUGGCUACUGGGCUGGAUCUGGUACAACCGUUAGCAGGCCAGAAUAUACUGGGUAUGAUUCAGAGGCGGAGGAGGAGGAUAUGAUUGAUUUCUACUUUGAAAUUAUCCCGUGGAUCUGA